UUUUAACUGGCUGAGAAUAUUUUUUUCACUUAGUAUAACUACCGACUUCCGUCUAUAUAAGAAAUUACUUCCCUAUCUCCUCAUCUGAACAAAUCGCAAUUGUUUACUACAUUCGGCCUCCAACGCACAUAGCUAAAGGCCUAAAGUCUCUUGCUAUUCUCUCUGUUAUCGACUUCGGUCUGCAUCAGUCUCUCUUUCAAAAUUUAAGAUCAGAUCUCUAGCGAAAAUGGCCAAGGAACCGAUCCGCGUCUUAGUAACUGGUGCUGCAGGACAAAUUGGGUAUGCUCUGGUCCCCAUGGUUGCUAGGGGUGUAAUGUUGGGUCCUGACCAGCCUGUUAUUCUCCACAUGCUUGAUAUUGAACCUGCUGCAGAGGCAUUGAAUGGAGUGAAAAUGGAAUUAGUGGAUGCUGCCUUCCCUCUUCUUAAAGGUGUUGUUGCUACUACCAAUGUUGUUGAGGCAUGUACUGGUGUCAAUGUUGCUGUCAUGGUUGGAGGUUUCCCAAGGAAAGAAGGAAUGGAGAGAAAAGAUGUGAUGUCAAAGAAUGUUUCUAUUUACAAGUCCCAGGCUUCUGCUCUUGAAAAGCAUGCUGCUGCUGACUGCAAAGUGUUGGUUGUUGCUAAUCCUGCAAACACAAACGCAUUGAUUCUGAAGGAGUUUGCACCAUCUAUACCUAAGGAAAACAUUACUUGUCUGACAAGAUUGGACCAUAACAGAGCCCUUGGACAAAUCUCAGAGAGAUUGGGCGUUCAUGUAAGUGAGGUUAAAAAUGUAGUCAUUUGGGGAAACCACUCAUCUACACAGUAUCCUGAUGUUAAUCAUGCUGCUGUCAAAACGCCAACUGGAGAAAACCCUGUCCGUAAGCUUGUUGGAAAUGAUGAAUGGCUAAAUGGUGAGUUCAUAACUACUGUUCAGCAGCGUGGUGCUGCCAUUAUCAAGGCUAGAAAGUUUUCUAGUGCUCUCUCUGCUGCUAGUGCAGCUUGUGACCACAUACGUGAUUGGGUGCUUGGAACUCCAGAGGGAACUUGGGUGUCAAUGGGUGUAUACUCAGAUGGCUCUUACGAUGUCCCAGCUGGACUAAUCUACUCCUUCCCAGUUACUUGCAAGAAUGGAAAAUGGUGCAUUGUCAAAGGUCUUCCCAUCGAUGACUUCUCAAGAAAGAAGAUGGACUUGAGUGCUGAAGAACUUGCUGAGGAAAAAGCUUUGGCUUACUCGUGUCUCUCUUGAACCCCCCCCCCCCCCCCCCCCCCCCCCCCCCCAUUUGCAUUUGCAUCCAUCUUAUAAUCAGACAUUGCAGUGGGUGUACUUCAAUUCUGAAUAAAAAGUGUUGGCAUGUUCCCCCCAUCCUAUAAAAGAUGGGAGGUGUUGGAACCUCAUUAUACUUGUUAUAAUAAAGGCAACUGUUGUGUUGUCUCGUUCGAGUUAGUGAGUGGCUUAUAUCUAUAUUUAAAAAAAACGGACCUGAUCAGCAAGGUCAACCUUGCCCCAAAAUCAGGCGUCAAUAUAAAAAAUGAGUAAUUCUAUUCACAAUCCCUAAAAUGGAUCCACAAAAAGUAAAGAGUGAAAUAUAGACAAUGGGGGUGUUUGGUUAUUGGUCUAUCAGCCAUUUUUUGGCUGAUUUGAUCACUAUUUGGCCUCUUGAUCAAAUAAUCAGGUAAUGGAAGUGUUUGGUUAAUUGGUUUUUUCAUUCAGUUUUUUGUCCCAAACAGCCAAACAUGAAAAUGUUGAUAAAAGUGGCGUUUAGAUUCGGUUGUUUCUUACUUUCCCUUACUACCCAUGCAGCCCAUGCCCCUUUUUCCGUAUCUACCUCCUCCCACUCUCCCAGGCUCCUUACACAUCCAAGAGAAAAAUAUAUGCAUUUAAUAAAAUUAAGGGAAAAUAGAAAUUAAUAAUCCAACCUUUUAGCGGUCUUCUUACAAUAGUUCCAUCUUUUGAUUAUUCAGGAAUAAUCCAACCUUUGCACCCCAUCUUCAUUCAAUAGUCUCUGACCGGUUUAUGACCUGCUAUUGGGAAAAAGACUUGUCUAGGAUUAAAACGUAGGCCAGGAACCCGUAUAGGACUUCAAACUUUUUAACCCUUAAAUAGGACCAACUUUUAAUGUAAGAGACAUAAAUACCCUUGUGGCUAGGGGUGGACGGGUUCCGGUUUGGGCCCGUCCGGGCCUUCGUUCAUGAAAGGGGAGGCCCGGAACCGGCUCGGGUAACCUCGGGUCUGGUCCGGGCCUCGGUUUUUAAAAAAAAAAUCAAAAAAAAAAGAAAAAAAAAGGCCCGGACUGGGCCCGAAUCGGCUGGACCGGUUCACGAUUUAGGAGGCUCGGGCCCGAAUCGCCUACCUCACUGGGCCGGGUGGCCGAACCGGGCACCAACCGGUUCACCGGGCCGGUCCAGGCCUGCACAGUUGCGGGCCGGUCCGGUUCCGGGCCGGUCCGGUUCCGGGCCGGUUGGGCCGGCCUGAGUCCACUCCUACUUGUGGCCUUUACACGUACAACAGCUGUCAAUGGCCCAAUAACAUAUGGAAACAGAGCUCCAUGUACAUCUAGAAGGGAAAUUGACGAAGCAGAAACAGAGCUUGGUAUACAUCAAUACCCUCACUACUCAGUUCACCACCGGGUCUUCUUCUUCUUUCCCCACAAACACCACUCCUCUUAUGCCAUCAAAGAGGAAGAUCAUUAGAGAACACCUGGAGUAAUUCUUCUCGUCGGUGCCUAUUGGAGAUGUGCGAUUUUCACUACCGUCCUGCCAGCUCAUUGCCGAAGUGGUCUGCCGCUGGUCGUUGUCGGAGUAGUAGCCGGCGGGCCCUGAGUUCUUCUUCUUUGCUUUCACCGAUCUCAGCUCUUUUCUUCGGCCGAUGUCCUUUCAAUUUUUACCGGCUUAAACUUUUGUUUUCGUCGAUUGUGCCCGUAGUUCCUUCUACUUUUGUUUCCGUCAAACUUCUUUUGGUUUUAUCUAAUUUCCGGCUUAAACUUUCUUUUGGUUUUAUCUAAUUUCCUUUUCAAAUUGUUUUUUUGAGAGACCUUUCAAAUUGUUAAUUUUUCAAUUUAUUGUGCUUGUUGAAUUUGUAUAUUAACUUUUUAAUCAUUAUUUUUUUGAUUCAUUUUAGUCAUUGACCCUUAUAAUGCUAUUACAGAGUAUAACUGAUGAACACAUUCCAAAGAUCCUAGGCCUGAUGUCAAUAUUACAUAUUAUGACAUUGUAAUAAUGACAAUGUCAUAAGAUGUCAAUGACAAUGUCAUAAGAAUGUCAAUAAAAAACAAUGUCAUAAGAAUGUCAAUGACAAUGUCAUAAGAAUGUCAAUGACAAAGUCAUAAGAAUGUCAAUAGAAACCAGUGUCAGUGACAAUGUCAUAAGAAUGUCAAUGACAAUGUCAUAUGAAUGUCAAUGACAAUGUCAUAAAAAUGUUAAUAACAAUGUCGUAAAAAUAACAAUGAAAGUGGAAUCAAACAUUUAUAACAAUGUUAUAACACACGGAGUAAACAUAACGAAUGAGGAUGGAUGUUGGACAUCAAAAUACAGAAUCAAGUCCAAUAUUUCCUUUAGACCUUUCUAAAUUACCAGCAUAAACUUUUUAAAGGGUGCAUAUGUUGUUGAUCCUGGAGCCCUGAACUACGGAAGCCACAUAGUCGCAGAAGAAGAAGAGUCAAGAGUAGAAGCGCAGGUCGGGGAGAACUCGGGAGGCAGGACUCUCAUUGAACAAACGUUUCCUGUGGUAGAAGCUUGUGGACCGACCUCACGCCGGACUGCCGGACUUGACGUCGGAAAGAAAUUGCCUGCUCCAGAAAACUUUGUCGCACGACGGAGGAGAACAACUAACGGACUGCGCAACAGUUGAGGCUUCCCUUCCGGACUAUCAGCGACGUCGGAGGGAAACCGCCGGAGUCCGUAGCAGGCUGUCGUUUUCUACCCAAACCGAAGGAGGGCAGUCUGUUUUCCCUUCGUCAAGUGCCAAAGUAAAUUGAGACCGAGCUGCUAAGAGAUGAAGACACGGGUGGCUAUUUAGGAAACAGGGGCAAUUUUGGAAACUUCUUAAAAUUAAGUCCUAUUUAGGAGUUAAAAAAGUCAAUGUCUUAUUUAAUUACAUACGGGAAGUUAAGCUCCUAUUUAGCACCAUUUCUCCCUGCUAUUUCAAGUUAUUUUAUUAUCUUUUCAAAACAUUAUGUGACCAUAAGGUCAGAUUAUGGUAUAAUAUAUUGCAAAGAUAAGAAAAUAACUUGGAAUAGCAGAUCAUCAACCGGUCAGGGACCAUUGAAUGAAGAUGGGGUGCAAAGGUUGGAGUAUUCCUGAAUAAUCAAAAGGUGGGACUAUUGUAAGAAGACCGCUAAAAAGUUGGAUUAUUAGUUUCCAUUUUCCCUAAAAUUAAAUAUUCUUUUCAAUCAUUUUUUAAAGUCGU